CGACAUUUGGCGGUAUUUUGUCGGUGCACAACCUAGCUCUUUCCCCGGGUAUUUCGGAGCAGAGCGGCCACGUAAAGCAUGGCGAACUUCGAGUUCGUCUUGCCUUUGACCAAGGACCAACUUUUGAGAUCCGAGAGUGUCGGGCAGUAUUAUGUCAAGGACGUGGUGCCGGCUCGUGAGAUCGGAGCACAGGUUCGAGGAUUUCUCUCCAAGAAAAGACUCCUCGACACCAAAUGUGUUGUUGAUUCCUUCGAUCUGCUUUACAGCGUUAUCACAAACUUUCACUCCGUUGACGAGACGGUGAUCCAAGAUGCCUUUGACCUGGCACUCUUGGGUGUUUCAAAGGUGGAGUCAGACUUGACAAUAUUGCUGCAAGAUUCUGACGCAGCCUUAGAUUUCGACACCAAAAAGCAGGCGCAGAAUCACCUCAAGAUGUCCAGCUAUGUGCUUUGUCACCUCAUCGAUCUCAUUGAAGCUGAAGCCAGCAAGCCGUCUUCAGAUGUGGCCGUGAGCGCGUCAAAGGGUCGCAAGAAAGUUAUUGCGAACAACAUGAAGUUUAUUGAGUGGGGGUCACAGAAACUGAAGGCUGUCCAGUGCCUCAAGAAUAUACACGAGCUUUCCCUCCAGUGCCUGUGGUCACCACAGCCUGUUGAAGACGAGUACAUCAAUCUUGUAGCUGAUUGUUUCUUCAAGUUGAUAGAAGAUGCUGGCAACAUAAAGUCGAGCACCAUCAAGGAUACAUUCACCACAGUGAUUGCCUUGAACAUCAAAAGGCACAGCUAUGCUAUUGGAUGCGUCAUGAAAAUAAUGCAAGUGCUGCAAGCUCACGAGCAUGUAGCAUCCUUUCUUGCCGAAGCCCUAUUGGUCUUUUCGGAGAAGUUUGGCGUGAAAAGCAUUGUUGGUGACUGCAUCAGAGAACUGUGCCGCCUGGAUUCCUUGGAGAAUGCACAAGACGUCGGCGGCAUCCGCAACCUUGCCACAUUUCUUGUGGAGCUCACAGACAGGAUGCCUGACUUGGUCACGAAGUCAGCUGGCUUGCUUGUUGACCUGCUGAAUGUCAAGAGCUACACCAUGCGGAUUGGAGUCUUGACAGUUUUCUUCAAGAUUGUGCUCGAUGUCCUAAGCAAAGAGGGAUUGGACAACAAGGAGAAGGAACUGAGAGACACGCUCCUUGACCACCUGGAGGAGCACAUUUUGGAUGAGAAUGCCUUUGUGAGGGGCAAGGUCUUGCAGCUGUGGCAAGACAUGUGCAACCAGAAGUGCAUUCCGCUGGACCGGCAACAGGCAGUGCUCGAACUCAUCACCAACAGGCUGUGCGACAAGUCUAGCAUCGUCCGGAAGCACGCAGUCGGCUUCGUCUCUGCCUACCUCGCCAGCAAUCCUUUCCUUGCCAAGUUGUCACCUGAUGAACUGAGGAAGAACCUUGCUGAGGAAGAGGAGAAACUGCAAGCUCUACGGAUAUUGCACAAAGAUGCAGAUGGCGAAGACGAAGCAGAAGAGAACGAGGCAGAUUCUUCGUGGAUGGGAAUCCUUCCAGGACUGCAAGAUGUGCUCCAGGAGGGUGAUGAAAAGGACAAGGACAUGUCCUUGACCGAGGAAGAAAGCGUGGUGCUUGAUGAGAUACUGAAUAAAAUAAGAGUGCUACUCAAAGACGGCAGCUGCGCAGAGGCAGUCGCAGUGCUCAAGAAGGCCAUUGCCACAUAUCCGGAUGUGAACCUCUUCUGCAAUCCGACUGCUGACGAGGAGGGCUCAGAUGAGAACAAAAGUGAGGAAAAUGGUGUCAAGGAGAACACAGAUCCAGUCCUCUUGAAUGUCCUGAAAAAAAUUUAUCAGGGAACCAAGGUUGCUGUGCCUGACACACCAGCAUCUGAGAAAGAAACAGCUCCUCCGGAUACCCCGCCCAAUGAUGCUGGGUCUGGCGAGGGCGCAGUGGAGCUCUACAAGCAGAAGAUGCUUGUUUUGUAUCUCAGAGAUUGCACUGACUUUGCCGAGAAGAUUCAAGCCAUGAUACCAACGCUCUGCGAGAUGCUCUAUUCGCGCACCCAGUCCGACAUACAGGAGGCCAUCGCCUUCUUCGUGUCCGCCCACCGGCUGGGCAUCAGAGGAGCAACCGUGGGCAUCCGCAAAAUGCUGCCCCUGGUUUGGUCCAGAGAGCCGUCAAUUCGGGAAGCUGUCGCCAACUCGUACCGAGACGUCUACUUCAACCAGCCCUCCACCAACGCCAAGACCAGAGCACGAAAUAUUGCAGACGGCUUGUCCGAGCUUGUCAACGUCGUGACGACUAGCGAGCUAAUAUGCCUCGAACAGCUGGUGACGGAAUUGGUGAAGACUGGCGACAUAUCCUCCAUGGUUCUGCGGUUCCUGUGGGAGAGAUACACAAUGGAACAGGCUGACACCUCCAGGGAGGACUGCCUUGCAGCCACCCAGCUGCUUUCCAUGGUUGCCAGUGCUGAUAGCAACAUGGUGACAAAGAACCUGGAGCUCCUCAUCUCCGUCGGAUUGGGUGAGCGUGGGAAAGCUGACCUCGACUUCUGCAGGCACACGUGCAGCAUUAUUCAGAAGAUGGGCGGCACUCACUUGGCUGAGAAGGCCCCACUGCAACGCUUUGAAAAUUCUCACAACAUGUUCGUUCAGCUCCAAGACAUUCUCCUGGAAACAUUUACCGACACCAGCCUGACUGUUUGGAUCCCCACUAUGGAGAGGGCGCUUGACGUGAUCUACAAGUAUGCCGUGCAGCCAGCCGAAAUUGCCGACACUAUUCUGCAUGGUUUGGCUGAGAGGUUGCUGCCCCGGUGCCAGCAGCAUGCGGCAGUCAAUGGUGUGACAGAAGUGUUGAUGUCUCUUUGUCCCUGUCUCUCUUUUACUAACCUUGCCACACCGUUCUUGCCUCACCAAGCAUCAUGCCCAUCUUUCUGUAACACAGCAAAGCCACAAGAUUCUCAAAACUCGCAAGAAGAGAACGGAGAAGUGGCAGUGGAGGAAUCCCCCCAGACACCUUUGUUUGAGUGUUCAAGUCUGCUGCUGUCGCGCAUCCUGGCUUGCGUUGGUCAGGUGGCACUUCGGCAGCUCAUCUACCUCGACGUGGAUGUGUUUGCUCAGCUGAAGCGGAAGCGGGAGGCCGUCAAGGACCGAAAGGAACAAGUUGCGAAGCGAAAGAAGCGGCAGUCGUUCUCUGCUACCGGACACGUCCUUACCCAGAGCCAGGAAGCAGCUGACAGCCAGAAUGCUGACGACGAGAUGUUGGGUCCAGUGACAGAUGACACGGAUGCAGAGUACAUUGUUCACCUUUUGGACGAUGUGUUGCUGAGCGAGGAAAAUUCACUCGGCGCUUGGAGCAAGCUUGUGGUGCACGUCGUCACUGAACAGACCACGUACACGGACGAAGGUGUGCGUACCGUCGCCUCCCUUGCACUGGCCAAGCUGAUGUCGAUCAAUGCGGAGUUCUGUGAGCAGCACUUGGCCUUGCUGUUUGACAUCAUGGAGAACUCGCCAGAUCCCGUGAUCCGCACAAACCUGGUUGUGGCAGUGGGUGACCUCAUGGUCCGCUUUCCUAAUCUGCUGCAUACAUGGACAGAGAAGAUCUACGCCCGGUUGCAGGACUCGUCCCGAGACGUCAAGAUGGGCACGUUGAAAACAGUCAGCUUCCUUAUUCUCAACGACAUGAUCAAGGUCAAAGGUCAGAUCAGCGACAUUGCUGCCAUGGUUAUGGAUAAGGACGCUGAACUUGCGGAUAUGUGUCGGAACUUCUUCUUUGAACUUGGGAGCAAGGGAAAUGCCUUGUACAACCUGCUGCCCGACAUCAUCAGCCAUUUAUCGGAUGAAGAACAUGGUAUAGACGAAAACAAUUUCCAUGUUGUCAUGAAGCUGCUCUUCUCAUGCAUCAGCAAAGACAAACAACUUGAAAACUUUGUGGAGAAGCUGUGCUUCAGAUUCAUGCUUAUGACGACGGAGCGCCACUGGCGUGACCUCGCAUACUGCUUGUCGCUCAUUCCAUUUGGAGAACGGGGCAUCAAGAAGCUGCACGAAAACAUGGUCUGCUUUGCGGACAAGAUGCACGUGGACGCCGUGUAUGAAAGCAUCACAGGCAUCAUAUCAAAUGCGAAAAAAGCGCAGGUAAUGAAAGCCGACGUUAAGGUGAUUCUCGAGGAGUUGGAAGACCUUGUGGAAGAGCUUCGGAACAAGGGCCUCACCGAGAGCGAGCUGGUGCAGAGGACGAAGAAACGCUCCACGCAAGCAACGGCCACCAAGCGGGGGAGCAAGCAGUCUUGCGCAACACCAAGAAAUCAGAAGACACCAGCUCAAGGCAAGAGAAAAUGCCGGAAGAAAAUGUCGCGCCUCUCCGAGAGCAGCGACGAGGACGAAGAGGAGCAGGCGUCGCCGCCGCCGUCCACGCGAAAGGCGCUGCCACGACGGCAGUGCAAGGUUCAAAUACAGUUCAGCGACAGCAGCGAAGCCGAGAUGGGUGAUGAUGAGGUGAAUGCCAUAAACCCAGAUACUGAAGGAACCACAGAUGCUGCCACGCUACCAGACAGCGGGAAGAUGCCAUUUCUUAGCCCUACGCAUGAUUUUAUAAGGGGCCACCAGCAUUGUAUAUCGACGGAAGCAACUGCUCUAGUAAUGGAUCUUCAAGCCAUCAACGAGGCUGUGCUACAAGAGGCUGCCUACACUUGGACACCCGACCGUUUUCACCGACUCCUUAGCAUCCGUUCAAGAACUCGGGAAAGUACACUAGGCGAUGGAAGUCGAUGAGACGAUACAUGUCCUGAAUCACAGUACAGCUACCUAUGUCAAGGUACACCAGAUUCAAGGCUAUGCUGCAAACCCUCACGAAAUUGCUGCCAUCUAGCUGCCACACAGCCCUACUUAAAGGGGUGGAGACAU